CCAGGGUACACGCUCGGGUCACUUGUUGAGUCUGACACGGGCCUCACAGCUCAGCUCGCCCUCGCAGGUACUGCUUGUAAUGCGUUCGGACAGGACAUCCAAAAUCUCACUAUUCAAGUGACCUAUGAAACUGAGUCUAGACUUCAUGUCAACAUCUUCGACACUUCCAACCUCCAGUUCACUAUCCCAACCUCCGUCAUCUCCCGCCCAGACCCUCCUUCCACUUCCUAUAUCAACGGUUCAGACCUGGUGUUUAAUUAUGACGCUUCGCCAUUUGCAUUUUGGAUAACCCGUCGUUCUCUCCCCGAUGCAUUCCCCCUCUUCGACACUCGUCAAUCAUCCCUGCCUGCCACGCCUAUUCCCCCAUUCAUGCCGGGUGACAAUAGCACUGCACUGGAUGGGUUCCCACUGGUGUUCGAGGACCAAUACCUCCAGCUAACUUCCUCCCUCCCAUAUGGCACCAACAUCUACGGUCUCGGCGAAGUGAUCGCCUCCAGUGGAUUCAGACGCGACAUUGGCACAGGUGGCGGCGUCGGGACCCUCCAAACCAUGUGGAGCGAGGGCAACGCAGACCCCAUCGACGAAAACAUGUACGGCUCGCACCCCAUCUACCUCGAGCACCGCUACAAUGAAACCACCGGAAAGUCAUCCUCGCAUGGGGUGAUGCUCUUCAGCUCUUCCGGUGCCGACAUCCUCCUCUCGACCCCGCAGUCAGAAAAGAAUGUGUCGCUGAUCGAGUAUAGGCUGGUGGGAGGGGUGCUUGAUUUUUAUUUCUUUGCAGGACCGAGUCCGACGGAGGUGAUCGCGCAGUAUUCGGCUGUGACGGGUCUUGCGAAUUGGCAACCUGCGUGGGGUUUCGGGUUUCAUCUCUGCAGAUGGGGCUAUAACAACAUCAGUGUCACACGAGACCAGGUGCUAAGCAUGAGAGAAGCUAAUAUACCACUUGAGACCCAAUGGAAUGACAUCGACCUCUACCACGCUUAUCGCGACUUUACGUCCGACCCUGUCAGUUUCCCGGCGGACGAGAUGAAGGAGUUUAUCGAGGAGCUCGCGUCGAAUAACCAGCACUAUAUUCCAAUUGUCGAUGCGGGCGUGGCGAUUCUGAAUAAUGCAACCGACGUCUAUUAUCCCUACUCCCGAGGCUCCGAACUGGACGUGUUCGUCAAGAACCCGGAUGGUUCGGAGUAUAUUGGGCAGGUGUGGCCUGGGUAUACGGUCUUCGGAGACUGGUUCGCGAACAACACCCAGCAGUGGUGGUCCGAGGCACUUCGUAAUUGGAGCAAUUAUGGGAUCGAGUUUUCGGGAAUAUGGCUUGAUAUGAACGAGGUUACUACGUUUUGUAAUGGCUCUUGCGGGUCGGGCGCAAACACAGCAGACAUGGACGUAUCUAUUGGUGCUGGUGAGGAGACGGGUGUGAACCUCAACGAGCCGCCCUACGCGAUUCACAACAGACACCCGAAAAAAAUAGCCUUGGGCCCAUUGUGGGCGGGUACUCUCGCGACAAACGCGACGCACGCGGGUGGCUAUGUCGAGCUUGACGUGCAUAAUAUGUGGGGAAUGAUGGAGGAGAAGGCGACGCAUGCAGCUGUAUCGGAGAUUCGCGCUGGGGAGAGACCGUUCUUGAUCUCGCGCUCGACGUUCCCAUCGUCGGGGCGGUGGUCGGGCCAUUGGCUCGGAGACAAUUUUAGCAAGUGGCAAUAUAUGUACUACAACAUCCAGGGUGUCCUGCAGUUCCAGAUUUACCAAAUCCCGUUCGUAGGCGCAGAUACUUGUGGAUUCCAUGAUAAUACAAGCGAAGAACUCUGCAACCGAUGGAUGCAGAUGUCAGCGUUUGUGCCAUUCUAUAGAAACCAUAAUAUGCUUGGAAUGUUGUCGCAGGAGCCUUACCGCUGGCCUAGCGUGGCAAAUGCAUCCCGAAUUGCUAUUGCGGCACGUUACUCGAUGUUACCAUACUGGUUGACGCUGUUCGCCAACGUAUCCACGAUCGGGACUCCACCCGUUAGAGCCCUGUUCUACGAGUUCCCUGACGAGCCGGAGCUCUUUGAGGUGGACAGGCAGUUCAUGGUAGGCCCUGAUAUUCUUGUCACCCCCGUCUUGACGCCGAAUGCUACUACCGUGGAUGGAAUCUUCCCUGGCCGUGGAAGUGUCAUAUGGAGAGACUGGUGGACGCACGAUGUGGUGAAUGCGACUGUGGGCGGGAACACCACGCUCUCUGCACCACUGAGUCACAUCAACGUCCACAUUCGCGACCACUCCGCCCUCCUCCUCCACGCCGAGCCUGCUUACACGAUCGCAGAAACGCGUGCGGGUCCCUACGCGCUCCUUAUCUCACUUGACACUGCUGGCACCGCGUUCGGAAACGCCUACGUUGACGAUGGUAUCAGCUCGCCGCCUGGUCCAAGCACAGUCUUGACGUUCACAGUUGCGAAUGGAGAGCUGAAUGUAGAAAGUAAAGGCGAGUGGGCAAUUGAGCAGAUGUUGGAGGAGAUCACUGUGCUUGGGGUGCAGGUGAAGCCGACAGGGGUGACAUUGAGUGGGGCACCUGUUAAAGAGUGGACGUAUGAGGAAGGCCAGGAAGCGUUGGUUGUUUCUAAUAUUAGCGUGGUUUUGAACGAGAGCUCGACGUUGGCGUGGAAGUGA